AUGCCUGCCGUGAAGAGGCCGCGUGCCGAGAAGAACCAGGCGGAGAAGAAGCCGAAGGCCGGCGAGAAGCUGCCGAAGGAAGGCGGAGCCGUUUUGCCGCCGGCGACAAGAAGAAGAAGAAGAGGGCGAAGAAGAGAAUGCUUCACCAGCGACAUCUUCGAGAAGCUCGCACAUGAGGCAUCGCGGCUCGCAAGGUACAACGAGAAGCCGACCCAUCACCUCCCGGGAGAUUCAGACCGUCGUGAGCCUGGUGUUGCCAGGGGAGCUAGCCAAACUGUCGUGAGGCUGGUGUUGUCGCGGGAGCAAGCCAAGUACGCCGUAUCUGAAGGGGAAAAAAGCGUUGGGGCUUAUAAGGAAAAGAGCAGCCUGCAAAUGCAGUCAUGCUUCGAGUUUGCAACAAGGAAUUCGGUCGAUUGCAUUAAGGACCUUCUUUCCUCUUCCAAGGAGGUAAGGUCUGUAUAUAGUGGUUGGAGAUUGUAUUUGAUGUUGAUUUGUGUUUAUGUGGUGGGAAACAACAGAUGUAGCUAA